AUGGCAGGAACUGGUGAGCGCCCGGGAAAAGGCAAGAAGGAUGACAAUGGCAUUGGGACUGCAAUUGAUUUUGUGCUGUCCAAUGCCCGCCUGGUGCUGGGGGUUGGUGGAGCAGCCAUGCUGGGGAUUGCCACCUUGGCUGUCAAAAGGAUGUAUGAUCGGGCCAUCAGUGCUCCAAGCAGUCCCACCCGCCUGAGCCAUUCAGGGAAAAGAAGUUGGGAGGAGCCAAGCUGGAUGGGAUCCUCCCGGCUACUGAAGCAGGACAUGAAGAGCAAUCUUAGCAGAUCCCUGCAGACUCUGCCUACAGACCCCUCGGCUUUUGACACAGAUGGGUUCUGCUCCCCCAGACCCAAAGCAGCCUCCAAGAGGGGCCAGGCAGACUUGAAGAAGUCCCGACUCCGCCUGUCUCUGCAGGAGAAGCUGUUUGCUUACUACCGGACCCGGGCAGCUAUCCCCACUGGCGAGCAGGCCAGGGCCAAGCAGGCAGCUGUAGACAUAUGUGCCGAGCUGCGGAGCUUCCUCCGGGCCAAGCUGCCUGACAUGCCACUGCGGGACAUGUAUCUGAGUGGCAGCCUUUAUGAUGACUUACAGGUUGUGACUGCUGAUCACAUUCAGCUCAUUGUACCUCUGGUCCUGGAGCAGAAUCUGUGGUCCUGCAUCCCCGGGGAGGAUACAAUCAUGAACAUCCCAGGCUUCUUCUUGGUCCGUCGGGAGAACCCAGAAUACUUCCCCCGGGGCAGCAGUUACUGGGACCGCUGUGUAGUUGGUGGUUACCUCUCACCUAAGGCUGUGGCAGAGACAUUUGAGAAGGUUGUAGCUGGCUCCAUUAACUGGCCAGCCAUUGGCUCCCUCUUGGACUAUGUGAUACGUCCAGCCCCACCCCCUGAGGCCUUGACCCUGGAAGUACAGUAUGAACCACAACGGCGGCUUGUCAUCGACUUCCUGCCAUCAGUGACCUUGGGGGACACAGUCCUUGUGGCUCGGCCCCACCGGCUGGCUCAGUAUGAUAACCUAUGGAGGCUGAGCCUGCGCCCCGCUGAAACUGCCCGCCUCCGUGCACUGGACCAGGGUGACUCGGGUUGUCGCGCCGUAUGCCUCAAGGUCCUCAAGGCUAUAUGCAAGUCGAGCCCAGCUUUGGGUCACCUCACUGCCAGUCAGCUCACUAACGUCAUUCUCCACUUGGCCCAAGAGGAGCCUGACUGGUCUCAGGACAUGCUAGCUGACCGCUUUUUGCAGGCCCUCAGGGCCUUGAUUGGCUACCUAGAGGCUGGAGUCCUGCCCAGUGCCCUGAACCCCAAGGUGAACUUAUUUUCAGAGCUUACCCCUGGAGAAAUAGAUGAAUUGGGGUACACCCUUUAUUGCUCAUUGUCUGAGCCAGAGGUCCUGUUGCAGACGUAAUAGAGGGGAAAGCCAGUUGUGAUGCGUAUUAGGUGGUCGGGCCUUGGAGAUUGUCAGAAACACUCUCUGGACUCUGCUGCCGAGGCAAUGCCUCUCUGGGUUCCUCGGUGCCUCCAGUCUUGCUGGUCAUCAAGCCCAGGUCACUACCUGCCAACUAGAAUGGCCUUUUCUUGCCCUGCCCUCCUUUUUUUCUGUCACUAAACACUGUGCCUCCCCCCCUUUUUUUUUCACUGUCCUUUUUAGCAAGGCCAACUUCCAUAAAGUGCAGCAGGAAAGGUGGGGAGCAAGCUGUUAAGUCAUUUGGUGACUUCAGCUGCCCCACCUGGCCCUACUUUUAAAACACUUUUUGUUUCUUUUACUGUUGCCCCCUCUGUCCAUCUAGCUCCUUUCCCUGGAGCACAUCUGCUUGACCAAGAUACUGUCUCAUAAGUGAAUGUUGCUCUGUAGCAAUGAAUAUUUAUGAAAUGCAUUUUGCAUGGUGAGAGUGAGUAUCCAGGAUCUGUGGGAUGGCUGCUGGGGCUGUCCCGAGGGCCAUGUUCUGUCUGCAAAGGCAGAAGGCAGGCAGGCUCUUGGGGGUUGGAUGGGGGCCUACCCCACCUACCACUUCCCUCACCUGGCCAGGGAAAGCUAAGAUCAGGCAGAUUGGGAAAGGCUGAGAGCAUCUCAGAUGGAAAGUUCUCUCUUCUGGGAGGGAUGACUAGAAACUGGGUUCCAGGUUCUCUUCUGUGGCUUUCUCUGAGAGAGUAGAGGAGGUGCCCAGAGGAGUAGACUGGAGGUACAGAGUGACUAUCCUGCCUUGGUGCUCAGGAGGCUUGUGGUAGCCACUUCCUCUCUAUCAGCUCUGGAGUUAACUUUGACCAAGUGAUUCAGGAGAGGAAGGAGGGUCAUAGGCCCCUGAGGUAUCGCACAUCACUGGGGUUGCUGUGUUUUUCUAGCCACCCUUCUAUAGCAAUUAGCUGUGGUCAACAACAAAUGGUGGGUGUCUGGUGAGAGGCCAGAAUGCUUGCUGAUGGCACUGAAGGGCCCCCCUCCUGGCUUCAUGUUUGUGCUGUGUCCCCUUCAUAGCUUCUUGUUUCAGCAGGGGCCAAGCCUGCCUUGAAGCUUUAGUGCCCUUGGAAAAGGGGAUUGGAUUGUCAAAAGGAUGCUUUAACCCUGUAUCUGCCAGAGGCUGCUAGAACAUGCACAUCCCUUCCCUUUGUCCUGUGUCUAUCAGCACUUGGGGAGAAAUAAGGGCCUUGAAAGGGAAGAUGGGGGUGAGAGAGGAAAUCUUACUCUAUUUCCCCCCUCUUCCCCCUUGUCCUUGUUGCCCGCUGUUAAAAAUGCACUAUUUAUUGCAAUGUAAAGUUGUCCUGAGGGGGAGGGAGGCGUUUAAUACAUAUUGGCAAUGUGUCUUACUGUUGUGUGUUUCUUUUUCUGUUUGUGGUAAGGGGCUGUCAAUGGCCCUAUCGCUGGCCUUCUUACCCAGCAUUUUGUAUUCCUACCGCCAAAUCUUAGUAUUUUGCUUCUGCUUUCUCUACCUCCCCACUCAAUGAGAUUCACUGUUCCCUGGAUUUCAAUGGUGAAACAGUCAGGAAACAGGAAACAGAAAGGAGACCAGAUCCUCAGCUUCCUGGAUUUCUAGGAGGAGGCACCUUAGAGUCUGGGGAAUGAAGUCCGGGGUGGGGGUAGGGGGUGGAGUAUAGUUUAUAGAAUCCCUGCCUCUUCCUCUUCUUGCUGUUGAGGGAGCUGUUGGUGGGUGGGUGUCUAUGGGAUUCUGAUUGCUCAUAGAACAUGCCUUCUGGCAGGAGACUGAGGAGGUCUGCCCAAUAAAGGUGUUUUAAAAUCUGCAA